AUGGUGAAAAUUUUACAAGAUGUUGAAAUUGUGCUCAAUCCAGACAACAAAUACUGGAUGGAACUUGUCAGUUGGUGUUCCAAAACGGAAAACUGGAUGUUCACAGCGAGCGAUUACGAGACUUGGAAGAAUUCAUUCGAGAAGUUCUGGUUUUACGUUGCAAUUGACAAAGAGUCCAAAGAAGCUGUCGGAUGUAUUACUCUUGGUUUUGAUCGCUCCUCAGAUGGAAAUAAAGAGGAUGACAUCUACUAUGUAGGUAUGUACUAUUUACGUCCGGAAUGGCGAAGCACUGGUUUAGGAACGAUUCUAUUCGAAAAGGUCAUGGAAAUAGGCAAACACGCAAAUAUGGCUUUACAUGGAGUCAUGAGAAUGUCACCAAAAUAUGCGUCAAAGUACGGAUUCGAUAAAAUGCCCAACUACACACACGAUUUUGCCUCAAUUCCUGUCGAACACCUGGUGCUUCCGCAAACUGACUCAAAAUAUGUUCUGAAGGAACUAAAUGAAGUCAAAGAGUCCAAGGUGGUGGCCUACGAUGUCAGCAUUGCUCAUCGAAGUCGAGCCAAGUACCUAAUGAAUUUUAUAUCUAAUGAUGAUUGUUUCACAAAGCCCUAG